ACAAGGAUAUAUAAAUAUCAUAGAGUAAAGAGAAGAGUCUCAUUAGCAAACACUUCAGGAAAAAAUUCUAAUUACUUUGCAGAGCUAGAAAACCAUGGAAUUGGUAGAGAGAUGUAUAGUUUUCUUGAUGAUGACAAUGGUGGCUGUUCAGGUUUCAAAUGCAGCUGUGCACAAGGUUGGAGACUCUUCUGGUUGGACAAUCAUUGGUAACAUAGAUUACAAGAAAUGGUCUGCUACUAAGAACUUCCAAAUUGGUGACACUAUCGUUUUUGAAUACAAUUCUCAGUUCCACAAUGUGAUGCGUGUGACACAUGCCAUGUACAAAUCGUGCAAUGUAUCAUCGCCUUUGACAACCUUCAGCACUGGCAAAGACUCUAUAAAGAUAACAAAUUAUGGUCAUCAUUUUUUCUUGUGUGGUGUUCCUGGCCACUGUCAAGCAGGACAGAAAGUUGAUAUCAAUGUGCUCAAUGUUUCUGCUGCAGCAGCAGCAACACCAACUAUAUCUCCAUCAGCAUUGGCAUCUCCAGUACCAGUUGCAACUACGCCUGCACCUUCUCCUAACAAUGCUUCGCCGUUGAUUGUUGCAAAGGGAGCUUUUGGUUUUGUUGGUUUGGCCAUGACAGUUUUUAGCAGUUUCUAUUUUUAACUAUGCAUAAUAAGGAGCUGUUGUUAGAGUUUGGUUUAUGUCUUAAGGACUUGUCAAGAACAUUUUUCUAAAGGUUCAUUAUUAUGAUCCUUCAUAUAGAUUGAAGGCAUGUUUGUAUGAUCCUUCAUUAUGUUGCUAUUGUAGAUUAAAGAGAAGAUCAAUAAAGUAAAUUUUGUGAUUGUAAAGAA